CCGCAGUUCGUGACCUCAUCGAGAGUACCACGAUAUUUUCCCAUCGUCGUUCUCGUACGCCGGUAUCCCACCGAUGCGCGACGUCGAGCACUCCAUCGAGCUUGUGCCUGACUAUCGUGUUCACCACCAGGCACCCUACAGACUCUCGAUCCCCGAGGCCAUUGAACUCAAGCGUCAACUUGAGGAGCUCCUGAGACUGGGUUUCAUUAAACCCAGCAACUCCCCAUGGGGUGCACCCAUCCUCUUUGCUCGCAAAGCGGAUGGAACUCUUCGUCUCUGCACCGACUAUCGAUCUCUCAACCGCUACACGGUUAAGAACAACUACCCCAUGCCUCGUUCCAACGAGCUGUUCGACUGUCUAGCAGGCAACCGCUUCUUUACGAAGAUUGAUCUUCGUAGCGGUGAUUGUCCGGUAGCCUUCUACUUCCGUCAGCUCCUGCCCGCCGAGAUAAACUACACUCUUGAUGAACGUGAGACACAGCUCGCUGCCAUCUCGGUCACCACCGUCCACCACUCGGUGAUCGACGAGUUUCGCACUCAAUACCGCCACUGCCCCGACUAUCGCGACAUCCAUGCGACCCUUCGAAGUGGCAAGACUGUCCCGAACUACUCUCUCGGGGACAACGGUCUUGUGUACUGGCACGGUUCACAGGGCACCAGAGAGCCCUGUAUUUGCGUUCCCUCCACUAGACAACAACGUGUCCGGGCAGUAGCAGAGUUCCAUGACCAAGCAGCCGCUGGUCACAUGGGCUUCCACAAGACGUUGGCUCGUGUGAGCCGCCUGUACGUCUGGCCGAAGCGCAAGGACUUUGUGAAGGACUAUGUCGCAGAGUGUCCCACCUGUCAUGAGGUGAACAGUGUGAACCACCUGCCUUAUGGUUUGCUCCAGCCUCUUCCUAUCCCUGAGGGUCGUUGGCAGUCCAUCUCGAUGGACUUUAUCGGUCCUCUUCGUCCUCCAGCCCCCUGCGGUCAUGAUGCUAUCUUGGUCGUCGUCGACCGCUUCACGAAGCGAGCACGCGUUUUUCCGUGCCGCUAUGCCAUCAGUGCACGUGAGGUCAUCGACAUCGUGUUUGACCGAGUCGUGCGUGACCACGACUUACCUCUGAGCAUCAUAUUUGACCGUGACCCGCGCUUUACCAGCCGAUUCUGGCGACGGCUCCAUGAGGUGUACGACACCCAACUCCACUUCUCCUCGUCUUACCAUCCCCAGACUGAUGGUCAGACUAAGGUCACGAACAGGACUCUCGGAGAUAUUCUCCGAAAGAUUGUUUGUGACGACCAGCAGUGGGAUCUCCAGCUUGCGCACGCGGAGAUAGCCUACAACCACGAGGUCACGCCAGCCACGGGGAUGUUGCCUUACUACUGCGACCUCGGCUAUCACCCUCGUGUUCCCGCGGACUUCCUUCGACCGUCACAGAUGCACCCCGACACGAGUUGUCCCGCGCUGGAUGAUUGGGUUGCACACAUGACAUCGAUCAUGAAGACCGCGCAUGAGCACAUAGUCGCUUCCCAGACUCGCAUGGCCGCAUGUGUGAACCAAUCGCGGAUGGAUCACCCAUUCAAAGUCGGUGAUGAUGUGCUUAUCGACGCCCGCCACUUACAACUCGAAGCGGACAUGCUUCGCAAGUUUCAGCGUCGCUUCUUUGGCCCAUGCCGCAUUCUCCAGGCCGUCGGUUCUUAUACGACAUCUGGCCCGAUCAACCUCCGUGUGAAGGUGCCCAACUACCUACGCCAAGCUCGUGUGCACGAUGUCUACCACGUCUCGUUACUGCGUCCCUACCGCAGACCGUCUGAGCAUUUCGUUGGAUGACCAUAUGAGCGCCCUCCACCCAUCAUGGUGAACGGCCACGAGGAGUUCCUUGUUUCAGACAUCAUUGGUCGCCGAGACACCGGCGA